AUGCCGCGCACAGUCGAAGAAGAAGAAACAGAACCAGAUGAUUUUGUCCACCAAAAGAAAAGGAACAAAAACGUCGCCUGUAUCCGUGGAAACUCCGAUUUCUGUUCCGAUUGGAAACUCUUUUCACUCGAGUGUUUGGGGAAAGAUUUGAAAAAUGCGCAGUCGCUCUUGCUGACGGAGAAGCUCUUAUCGCGAAACGCGGCGGAGUACACCGUGUGGUGGUUUCGCUUGCGAUGCGUGAAAUUUAUGUUCCACGCGUUCGCCGGGAAUGGGACGACGAUUCAGACGAAGACGGGAGGAGAAGAAGAUGUAAAAAAUGAAAACCGAUUCUUUGAGGCGACGAAAGGAAAGCUUUGGCGAAGCGACCGGGAAAGGAAGGAGAAGAUUGAACGUUUAGUCGCGAGUGCGGAAGAAAUGAAUAGAUUUAGAGAAGAGUUGAUAGAUUUAGGCGUGGAUGAAACGCGUGUGGAUGAAGCGAGAGAGUAUUUCCGUAGCAUCGAUUCGCCGUUGAUUUGGUACUCGGCGGAGACGCUCGCAAAGUUUCGAAGCGGCGCGUUGACGAGAAAGGUGUUGGAGAGGAUGGAGGAGGAGAGGAGGAGCGACGAGGAAGCUGUUGAAGAGGAGCUCCCGACGACGUCGUUGUUCUGGCAACACGGGACGUAUGAAGGCGGUUUAAAAGCUUUGACUGGUGCCAAUUACCGACGAGAUUACAUCGAGCGCCUUCGCGAGUGUUGCGAAAAGGUGAGAGAAAUUUUCCCUCGAACAAAGUACGACAUUUUAGACGAAGAGUACGCGUUUGCCGAGGCGAUGGCGUCGAGAAAUCCAAAAAAUUACCAGGUUUGGAACCACCUUCGUCAAAUAGCAACCUUAGACGACCGACAAUUUCGUAUGGAAACCUCUCUCUUGGAUCAACACAGCUAUCGCCGACGGGCGUUUUUCUUUCAAUCGAACGUGAAUUGCGACGGACCAUUCUUACAUCAUUUCAACGACCAAAUGCGUUCCGGUGCGGCUAUUCGUUCAAAAUAUUUCGUCGAAAAUGUCAUACUAUUUGGCGACGACGGGUUGAAAAACAUUCACGCGUGGACGCAUUACGUUUGGAUUGCGAAAAAUAUCGAUCCAAACGUCUGGUUGGACGUGUUCUACGCAACCGAGAUGUGCGUAAGGAAAGAUCCGAGGAAUAAUUCCGCGUGGACGGCGCGAAUGAACUACGCGAAGUUUAUGAUUGUUGACGAAAGAGAGAAUGAGUCGAAUACGAUCAGCGGAUGGAACAAUUCGGAACAUUUGAAAUGGGCGGUGGGUAGAAAAGACGACGAGACGAGUACGAAUUCGAUUUUCAGCGACGCCUCGAGCAUUGAAGAGAAAGGCGUCGAGAUGAUCACGCGAGAAACGAGCGAAGACCGUGCGAUGGAUGAAUCAGGCGAAGGAUCAGUAGAUGUCGUCGAAGGUAUUAGAAAUAUUUACGCGUGUAUAGGUGCCGAUUACAGCGUUUGGUGUACACCUGGACCUCGUUUUACUCCUGAACAUUUUCUCGCGUACGAUGCCGCGGUGAUCAUGGAAGACGUUCUUGGAUUUGACUUGACUUCGUUCCACAAUCUUGCAAAAGAAACGAGUAGGGAACAGUACGAAAACGUAUUGCGAGGGUUUGGAGAGGAUAACGUCUACGCGCCAGACUCGGAAGCAGCCAUGAACUACGUCCUAGGUCUCUUCUCGCUCAUGAAAAAAAUGUCCCGACCUACCCUUCUCGCUUGCGAAGGCGAGUUGCGUCGAGCGUUCCUAGAAGAAUCCGAGAAGAAAAUCCAUCAAAUGAACGCGCUCACUAAACGCGAUUACGAGGCAAAAAUAGCGUCAAGCGAAAGCCGGAACGACUUUACCAAUCCUAGAGCAGACACCGAAGCGGCGCAGUUCGAACGAGAACUGAACGCAUUUAGACGAUUGAAAGUGAGCGCGAAACUGAGCGCCGCGCAAGUCAAAGCCUUUCGACUCGAAAAAGAAAAAGACGAGGAACUCCCAAGCGCGACAAAUCCGUCCUCGACGACCUUGACACCAGAAAUGACGACGAGUUUGAACGCAAACGAAUCGCCCGUAAACGCGUUGAAGUCGCUCAGGCGAUGUCUCGUCACCGACCCGGUCCGAUCGAACUUUUACAGAAACCACUUCGUGUUGCGCAGAUGA